CUAAUCGAUGGGAACAAUUAAUUUCACAAAAGAUGACUUCAUUAAAUAAAUUCUUCUUUUCUUAUACUGAUAUUAUUUAUGGGAAUUUUAAUAUUACUUCUUAUCCAUUACUCAAUGAUUUUACUUCAUCAUUUUGGAUUAAUCGAAAAUGGAUUUUCAAAGUAUUAGCUCAUGAUGAUGAACUCAUUUAUUCAAUACGUCCUUAUUCCUAA